AUGUCCAACCACGACUACUACAGAAACGUGUACGGACGCAGUGAACCAAGAAACCCUUACGACUCGCCUGCUCAAGAGUCUGACAACUUUGUCUCCACCCCAUCAUACCACUAUUACGUUCAGCAGCAGCAAAGACAUCAGGGCAUUCCUGCUGGCACCACAAACACAAACACACAUUUGCAUCCCAUCUCGUCUGACCACUCAGACACGACUACAACGUAUGUGGAGUAUAAUCUGGACGAUCUGAUGGCUGAAGAUGCCCCUCCGGUGAUACCGAAGAAGAAGAAGAAGGCCAAGAUGCCUCGGGUGCCCAAGAUGAAGAGGAAGAGUGCUGGCGCUGGCGCCGGCCUGGGCUCCAAGGAUCUUGAAGCAGGUAAGGAGGAGGUGAACGAAAAGCGUAUGCUAAGCUUUAUGUUCAGCAAGAAGGUGGACCCGGUGCCUCUUCCCGAGGAAAGAAAACCAUACCCAUGGUUGACCACCAACUACGUCAACCGAGCUGUUUUCUACUGGAUCUGGCCGAUUUUGGUCAAGGGCUACAAGCGUACGUUGCAGCCAGACGACCUUUGGUACUUGACCGACGACUUGACUGUCGAGUACAUGCACAAGAAGUAUAGAGCCAACUUGGAUAAGAUCUUGCAGAAGCUGAAGGAUAAGCAUCUUAAAAAGGGUAAGGACGAGGACUCGUGGGAGUGGCCCUUCCACGCGGUGCCUUUGGCUCUUUUCAACACCUUCAAGCUUCAAUAUACCUUGUCAUGCAUCUUUUUGGCCCUUUCGUUUGUCUGUCAGGCCCUUUCUCCAUUGAUCACAAGACGUUUGAUUGAUUUCGUGGAGUACCGUUACUUUGGCAUUGAAACUACCUACAAUAAGGGUAUUGGCUACACUAUUGGCGCCGUCAUUUUAAUUUUCAUUAAUGGUUUGCUUUUGAACCACUUUUUCCAUAACGCCAUGGUGGCUGGUGCCGCUUGUAAAUCCAUCUUGACGAAAGACGUGUUGAUCAAGUCUUUCAAGUUGUCUGCCAAGGCCAAGCAUCGUUUUUCUACUGGUAGAAUUACCUCCCUCAUGAGUACGGAUUUGCUGAGAAUCGACUUGGCUAUUGGUUUCCAGCCGCUUGUGGUUUGUUUCCCAAUCCCUGUGGUUAUUGCCGUUGUUUUGCUUUUAACUAACAUUGGUGUGACUUCGCUUGUGGGUAUUGGUCUUUUCAUUGUUUCCCUUAUUGUGUGUGUGCUUCUUACGUCCAAGUUGUUCUUCACCAGAGAGACGGUUGUCAAGUAUACCGAUAAGAGAAUUUCCUUGAUGAGAGAGGUGCUUAAUAACCUUAAGGUGAUUAAAUUCUACGCCUGGGAGUUGGCUUACAAGGCCAGCAUCACCAAGGUCAGAAACACCGAAAUGAAGUACCUUUUCACCAUCAAGGUGUUGAGAAACUUCAUCACCGCCUACGCCGUUACCUUACCCACGCUUACCUCCAUGAUUUCUUUCGUUACUAUGUGGAGAACCGGCAACAUGAGAGACGCUGGCAGAGUGUUCUCUUCUCUUUCGCUUUUUUCCAUUUUGGCCCAGGCCAUUAUGCUUUUGCCUAUUGCCCUUGCUACUGGUGCUGAUGCCAUGAUUGGGUUCAGAAGAUGCAAAGACUUCCUCAGUGCCACCGAGUACGACUCUUCUUUGGAUGACAAGUUGCGUGCUGAAGAAGAGUACGUGAUUGGUUCUGACGAGUCUGUCUCUGGCUUUGACUUCAACAAGGGCGGUGACAACCACGAUGCUGACUCUUUCAACAGCGACACUUACUACGGUAUUGAACAGGAGAAGACUGACUCGCUGGUGGAUAUCAAAAUCUCCAACGCUGACUUUGUCUGGGAAUCAUUCCAGGGUGACGAUAACGAUGACAACUCCCUUUGGGAAGCCACAUCUACCAAGUCUCCUAUCGGUUCAGGCAAAUCCAAGACUGAGACUCGUGUUUCUGUGGAGCUGUGCUCUCUGGACAUGAAGCUGUCAUUCCCAGGUCUUAUGGGUGUUAACUUGACUGUGAACAGUGGUGACUUUGUUGUUAUUACUGGUGUUAUCGGUUCUGGUAAGACUUCUCUUCUUAAUGCUAUGGCUGGUUUCAUGAAGUUGACCAACCCAGGUGUGGGAUCUAUUGAAGUGAACAAGGAAUUGUUGCUUUGUUCUGCCCCAUGGAUCCAGAAUGCUACCGUUCGUCAGAACAUCUUGUUUGGUCGCCCCAUGGACAGACAACGUUAUAAGGCUGUUUUGAAGGCUUGUUGCUUGGAAGACGACUUGAACGAAUUGACCUACGGUGACCAAACCGAGAUUGGUGAAAGAGGUAUCACUCUUUCUGGUGGUCAGAAGGCUAGAAUCAACUUGGCCCGUGCCGUUUACCGUGGUGGAAGCACCAUGCUUUUCGACGAUGUCUUGUCUGCUGUUGACGCUAGAGUUGGUAAGCAGAUCACCAACGACUUGUUCUUUGGCUUCCUUAAGAACCAGACCAGAAUCUUGGCUACCCAUCAGCUUUCUUUGGUUGCUACUGCUGACAAGAUUGUUUUCUUGAACGGUGACGGUACUACUGAUGUUGGCACUGCUGCUGAGCUUGUUAGCAGAAACCCUGGUUUCAAGAAGUUGGUUGAUUACAGCCACGAGAACGCUUCUGCUCCUCGUCCUGAGGAACAGGCUGAUGAGACUGAAGACAAUGUUUGCCUUUUGCCAAGCGGUGUUGGUGCUGAGAACGAAGACGAUGUUAAGUUGGCUGUUACCCAAUCUAUUCUUCCUGAGAAUGGUGCUGCUGGCGAUAUCGUUGGUCGUACUAUCGAAGACGAAGACAAGGCUGUGAAUGCUAUCUCCUGGAAGGUUUACAAGAACUACAUCAACUUGGGAGCUGGUAUUUUCGGUUACACUGCAGCCCCAGUCUUCCUCUUCCUUGUUGCCAUUGCUACCUUCUGUCAGUUGUUCACAAACACCUGGUUGUCUUUCUGGAUGGAAAAGAGAUUCAGCCACUUGUCUGAUAACUUCUAUGUUGGUUUCUACGUUGCUUUUGCAUUUUUGACUGUUUUCUUUACUGGUGUUCAAUUCACAAUGUUGGCUUACAUGAACAACAGAUCUGCUGAGCUCUUGAACGUUAAGGCUGUCGAGAAGGUGUUGCACUGUCCUAUGAGCUUCAUGGACACUAACCCAUUGGGUAGAGUGCUUAACAGAUUCACCAAGGACACUGACUCGUUGGAUAACGAAAUCGGAGAGCAGUUGCGUUUGUUCAUUUUCCCACUUGCCAUGAUCAUUGGUAUUAUCAUUUUGUGCAUUUGUUACUUGCCAUGGUUCGCCAUUGCCGUGCCAUUCUUGGGCGGAGCUUUCGUGUUCUUGUCUGAGAUCUACUCUGGCUCUUCCCGUGAAAUCAAGAGAUUGGAGGCUGUUCAGAGAUCUGUCGUCUACAACAACUUUAACGAGAUUUUGACUGGUAUGCAUACCAUCAAGGCUUACAAGGAGGAGGUGAACUUUAUCAAGAAGAACGAUACCUUGCUUAACCGUAUGAACGAGGCUUACUUCUUGUCGAUUGCCAACCAGAGAUGGUUGUGUGUUCACUUGGAUAUCAUUGCUUCCCUCUUUGCGCUCAUUAUCUCCAUGUUGUGUAUCACAGAACAGUUUGACAUUUCUCCUCAGUCUACCGGUUUGUUGUUGAACUAUGUCAUUCAGAUUGUUGGUUUGUUGUCUUUGACCGUCCGUGCCAUGACCCAGGUUGAGAAUGAGAUGAACUCUGUGGAGAGAUUGCAUUCCUACGCCUUUGACUUGCCUCAGGAGGCUGCCUACGAAAAGACUGAGUUCAAGCCACCACCAGAAUGGCCCAUGACAGGUUACAUCCAGUUCAAGGAUGUCAACUUGCGUUACAGAGAAAACUUGCCUUUGGUGUUGAAGGACUUGAACUUUGGCAUUUACCCUGGUGAAAAGGUUGGUAUUUGUGGCCGUACUGGUGCUGGUAAGUCUUCCAUCAUGACUGGCUUGUACCGUUUGAGCGAGCUUGAGUCUGGAUCGAUCACUAUUGACGGUUUGGACAUUAGCCAGCUUGGUUUGAGAGACUUGAGAUCGAAGUUGCUGAUUAUUCCUCAAGACCCAGUGCUCUUCCAGGGCUCUAUCCGCAGAAACUUGGAUCCUUUCCACCAGUACCCAGACAACAUUUUGUGGGACUCGUUGAGAAGAUCUGGUCUCAUUACUGGUGAACAGUUGGAGAGAGUCAGACGUACUGAGUUGGUUGACAACAACUACGACCAGCUCCACAAGUUCCACUUGGACCAGAAUGUCGAGGAUGACGGUUCCAACUUCUCGUUGGGUGAAAAACAACUUAUUGCAUUGGCCCGUUCGUUGGUUCGUGACUCCAAGAUCUUGAUUUUGGAUGAGGCUACUUCUUCUGUUGACUACGAGACAGAUGCAAAAAUUCAGGAUACUAUCAUUCGUGAGUUUGACAAGUGCACCAUCUUGUGUAUUGCUCACCGUUUGAAGACUAUCUUGACUUAUGACCGUAUCUUGGUGAUGGACCAGGGCCGUGUUGUGGAAAAGGGCACGCCUUGGACGUUGUUCCGCCAGAAUGGUGUCUUCAAGCUGAUGUGUGACAAGGCUCACAUUGUGGCUGAAGACUUCCGCAAGCCAGGCGUUUGA